GGGGGGAACCCUCAAUCCAAACAGAGCUAAAUCUCUUAGUUUCAGCUGAUGGCAGUUGGUGGAAGGAAGGAGUGAGAAAAACACCUCCACAAUGUUUAUCCUGUUCUUUAAAGCCAAAAGCAAACAAACGCACAUGGAGCAGUGCUGCAAAAAUGUAGGAGGGCCGAGGGAGAACAUAAACAAUAUCCAGCAACAGUGAUGGAUCCUGAACAAAUGUCUAGGGCCACAGGACCGUAGUCUAACAAUGGAUGUCCAGAGCUUCCUCUCAGGACCCACCUCCUUCAGCUCUUCUGGAGCUGCACUGAGAUGCUCCCAAGUGGCCAUCUACUCUCAGCUGGAUAUGGCCGAAUGUCUAACUUAGGAGGUGUCGAGGAGGUCUGGUGCUUGGAGAAACAUGGCCCCUUCUCAUCACUGUUUUGUUUUUCUGCAGGCAAAAUGAACUGCACUCACCCUCUGGUGCCAGAAUAUGGAGGUUUUCGCUGCGAUCCCUCCCCGUGCCAAGGCUUCCCUCACAAGACCACCAUCCGCCUCUUCUGUGAAUCAGGAUACCAGAUGAGGACCCCACUGUCCAGGUGCCGCAACGGGAAGUGGGGUCCUCCCAUAUCUGCCUGCAUCCCCAUGAAAGGCAAUCCUAUCCCCAAACCCGACGACUCAAUGCCCAGCAUGGCCACGACUGCAGUGGGUGUGUCCAUCUUCCUGCUCACCACCACCGCCUGCCUGGUCCUCAAGUCCCGGCUCUACCCCUGUCAAUCACAAAGCCGUCGCUCCUCAGACCAGCUGGACCUGAUGGUGGACGGGCUUCCAGUUUCCCUUCCCUCCUAUGAGGAGGCGGUGUACGGCAGCUGGGGGCAGCGCAUCCCUGCCUGCUCAGCUCCCGGGCCCACGCAGCUCCUCCUGGCUCAGGAGGCUCCGGGCUGUCAGCAGUCUUCCCCGAGCAGCCAGUCAGAUGGCAGCCACUGCCCGCUCCUAUUGGGCCAAAGCCCUGACAACCCUCCACCGCCUUACGAAGAGGUCCAGUCGCCACAUGCCAGAGACAGGAUGAAUGACGGGGACGUCCUGCAGCUCCGCGUUGCACUUUCAGACGAUAAGGACACAUGAUGACGGACGGAGAGACUCAGAAGUAGUUUAUGAUUUUGACAGGUGCAGUGUUCACUCUGCAGAUAACUGCUCAAAAAACAUAAAAACAGGGGCUCACGGCAGACUCCUGUACUGCCCGCACUUUUCCUGGUUGGCUCACCAGCAUCAGGACCUAUCACAUGGUAUUUUAGACGAUAAGCUCUGAUUGGCCAGUUGUUGGGUCAAAAAAGACCCGAAUGAAGAGGACUGAAGUGCAUUUAUAGCUGAAACGUUGAUUGUAUAGUGUGUUUGUAUAAACGUUGAUUGUAUAGCAAAUGUAUGUGACACAGGGAGGGGGUGUGUUGUGCGGUAUCAUCGCUGUCUUGUGAAAUCCUGAGAGUGUGAAAACAGGAAGGCUUUUACCAGACGGUGGUGACAUGAAGGUGUGUGUGUGUGUGUGUGUGUGUGUGUGUGUGUGUGUUUUCAGUGUGUUUCUGGAGACGUCGUCUACCUUUCCCCUCAGUGACGGGGCUCAUUAAGGCUUCGUUUGUGAAGUCAGUGGCGUGUUGUUUCUUUUCACUUCUGCAUUUGUGUCUGAGACUUUUGCACAGUGUUUCUAUUAAAGUCCAAACGGGCCGAGACGCACGGGCUGCUGAUUUAAAAUCACACACACUCGGGUCGUGGAUGGUGAUUUUGUUUUGUUUUUUUU